UAACGAAAUUCGCCCGAGAACAAAUUGGUCCUCUCGUUAAAAAAAUGGAUGAUAAGAAAGAAUUUGAUAAUGGACUCAUGAAAAAUCUUUUUCUAAAUGGGUUAAUGGGAAUCGAAGUUGAAGAAAAAUAUGGUGGUUCUGGGCUUAAUUUCUUUUCUACCAUUCUUGCUAUUGAGGAGAUUGCAAAAUUCGACGCUAGUGUUGCUCUUCUUGUUGAUAUCCAUAACACUUUAGUUAUUAACUUAAUAAAUAAGCUAGGCACUCCUUCUCAGAAGGACUAUUGGCUGCCUAAGUUAGCAACCCAAAUAACAGGAAGCUUUUGUCUUUCAGAAAGUGAAGCAGGUUCUGAUGCAUUUGCCUUAAAAACCACAGCUGAAUUGGAUGGCGGUGAUUUUAUUUUGAAGGGCUCUAAAUGUUGGAUCAGUAAUGCCUCCGAAGCUGGUUUGUUCCUGGUAAUGGCAAAUGCUCAUCCCGAAAAGAAACAUAGGGGUAUUACCACUUUUCUGGUGCCUCGUGAUGCGUCUGGCUUGACCAUAGGCAAGAAAGAGCGGAAAAUGGGCCUUCAUGCUUCUUCCACUUGUGAAAUUCACCUAGAUUCCGUACGCGUAAACAAGGAACAGGCUGUCCUUGGACACGUAGGACAGGGAUACAAAUACGCUAUUAGUAUGCUGAACGAAGGUCGUGUUGGAAUAGCUGCUCAGAUGCUUGGUCUAGCACAAGGCUGUUUUGACUAUGCCUCGAAUUACACCCGGGAGCGGUUCCAAUUUGGACGUCGAAUUUGGGAUUUCCAGGUUAGCUUUUUGAAGUAA